AUGGAUAACCUUCUAUUCGACCCACAUCGCUGGAUGUUCACCAAAGAAGACCUGGACAACACACCGUCAAGAAAAACGGGAUACGACCAAGAAAAAGAAUUUUCCUUGAGACACAUGGCGUCUAAAAGUAUCCAAGAUAUGGGACAGAGACUCAAAGUGACUCAAUUGUGUAUAAACACGGCUAUAGUCUACAUGCACCGGUUCUACAUGUUCCAUUCGAUGAGGAAUUUUAGAUGGUACCAAAUAGCCGCAGCUGCUCUAUUUUUGGCGUGCAAGACCGAGGAACAACCUAGGAAAAUGGAGUAUUUGAUUGGAGCCUUAAACAGCUCGAGAGGUUUAGUGGUGGAUAAGAAAAGCGAACGGUUCAGGUUGCAAUGCGACGAUUUGAUCUUCAACGAAAACAUACUGAUGAUGACCUUGGGCUUCGAGCUGCAAAUCGAACACCCGCACUCCCACAUCAUCAAAUGUUGCUACUUGGUGAAAGCAGAAAAGGAUUUGGCUCAGACAGCUUACUUCAUGGCUAGCAAUAGCCUACAUCUAACGACGAUGUGUCUGCAGUAUAAGCCAACCGUUGUGGCGUGCGUAUGUAUAGCUUUGGCAUCGCGAUGCCUCAAUUUCAAAAUGCCUCUAUCCAACGAGAGCAAACCUUGGCACGUUUACGUGGACCCUGACGUGACGUACGAUGAAAUCCAGGAUUUAUGCGACGAGUUUGUAGUUCUCUUCCAAAAUUCAACCCCGAAGCAAAAGGAGGCUAGCUUGUCUGUUGGCAACAUGAUUUCCAAAGACUUUAACGCCAAAUUCAAGCAAGGAUCCAACAAUAUUAACAACAAGCCCGUUAACAAUGGGGUACCGAAUGUAUCCACACAUAGUCAGCGGAUAUUCAGUAACUUCCAAAAAAAUAUAUCAGCUUUGAACUUAAAGGUUGAUAAAAUAGAAGCUCCAAAUGGUUAUGGUAAUGUUUCCAUGAAGGUAGAUAAAAUAGAACCUCCAAAUGGUUAUGGUAAUGUUUCCACUGCAUUGCCAAAUAUACCACCACAGCAGAAGCCUGCUUUUUCAUUGGAACAACACGUAUUUGAGGCUAUGAAUGUGAUGAACCCCAUUCUCAAUGAACCAAAGCAGAGUUUUGGACAUUCCAUCGACAAUAUAACCAGUCAGACAGCGCCAAAGAUCAGUGGAGGUCAACAGGGUAUGUUUAUACCAGAGGUCAACCACGGUUUUGAGGCCAAAAUGGAUGGCAUUUUUAUGGCUGAGAAUAGUCAAAGUUAUGGACCCUCUAUCAACAACAUAACAAAUAUGAACACUGGAAAUCAAAGUAUGUUCGUGCAUGAUGUUAAUCAAAGUUUUGGACAUACAACAAAUCAGCAAAGUAGCAAUUUCAAUCAACAGUAUACCAAUGGUUAUGGACAGUCGAAUGGUAUGAACCACCAACCAAGUAUGUUCGAGAACGCGAUACCACAAAGCAGCAAUCUUAACCAACACGUUCAAAUUAGUGAUCAUACAGCCAAGAAGUUGCGCAGUCUCUUUUCUCCCGAUGUGUCGCAACCACAGAGCACAAAUGUUAACCAACAUACCAUUGCACCAUCAACUGGCUAUACAACCAAGAAAGUCCACAGUCUAUUUUCACCCGAUGUGUCGCAACCACAAAGCACAAAUGUUAACCAACAUACCAUUGCACCAACAACUGGUUAUACAACCAAGAAAGUCCACAGUCUAUUUUCACCUGAGGUGUCGCAACCACAAAGCACACAUGUUAACCAACAUACCAUUGCACCAUCAACCGGUUAUACAACCAAGAAAGUCCACAGUUUAUUUUCACCCGAGAUGUCGCAAUCACAAAGCACACAUGUUAACCAACAUACCAUUGCACCAUCAGCCAAGAAAGUCCACAGUCUAUUUUCACCUGAUAUGUUGCAACCACAAAGCACCAAUGUUACCCAACAUACCAUUGCUCCAUCAACUGGUUACACAACCAAGAAAAUUCACAGUCUAUUUUCACCCGAUGUGUCUCCAGUAGGAAAGGAGCCACCACCCAGUAUAUUUUCCCCGGGACCAUCCCAAUCAGAAGCAUUGAAUUUAUCGAGUGCAAACAUCAGUUUUCAUGUUCUUUUUGAUCCACCCGAAGAAUUCACAUCGACUGCUGUAAAGACGGAAGGGAAUGUGAAAACAAAAGAAGACAGAAAACAUAAGAAAAAGGAGAAGAAGAAGCAUAAGAACAAGCACAAGGAGAGUGAUAAGAAAAGCGAUAAGAAAAGCGAUAAGAAAAUAAGUCUGAAAAUAAGGAUACCGAAGGAAAAAAUUGCAAACCAUGAAAUCUUCAAUGGUAAGGGAGUGAAGAGGAAAAUUGAAGACCCAUUAAGUGAUAUUUUUAACGUUGCACCCAAAGCAAUGCGUUACAAAUAA